UCUCUUGCCCCAGUUGUCACCACACUUGCAGACCAUCAUGAGAAGAAAGAAAGAAAGAAAGAAAGAAAGAUAUCAGACAAGCAAAGUGGUCAUCGAAGCUCGAACUGGAGGGACAAGGCCAAUGAUGAAUACUAUGCCGAAUCCAUACCUACACGUUUCUCGGUAUUGGAAAAUCAUUUGGGUAUACACCACGCCGUACCCCAAGUAGUUCGUGACAUCGAUUCUAGGAUCUUCAUGAAUGGGAGAUGAAGACAGGACUUGCAAAGGCCACAUCGGUUAUGCAAGAAGAGUUUUUCAAGAGUCAUGAAAACGAGACUUGAUGUUCGUGUGUGUGGGGAACAAAGACGAGGCGAAUUGGUGUGCUUUGAUGGCCACAUUGAUGGAGCUCUGUCUUCGAGCGGAAGGUUGAGGUUUGCGAGCUGCGUAUAUGUGUCGUUCGAGGCGCAUUGAUGGGAGUCUGUCCCUUUCGUGACACAGGACGAAGAUUCAUGCCUGGAAGGUAGCGAGGAGAAUAAUGUCCACAUUGUGUUGGUCGGACACAUCCCGAAUGUGGAGGUGUAGGGAGGUAGAAAAUGCUGUGAUUUCUGAAACACAGACCCCUCUUCAUGAUGUGAGUUUUCAGUACUUUGGCACUGUAGUUUACAGUUUCAGGAUCUCUCCUUCGUCGGAGUCACCCGACAGCUGGGACCCAUGGAGUGGGCUUCCUCGUAAAGCACAAGCGCAUGAAUGUCUUCUGGAAUUCGCACGAGAAAGCUACUCGUUACACUCCGCAGGGCAGAGAGUUUACGUGUCUGAAAAGUGAGAUUUGACCGUCAACCGAGGGUGUUCUGUAGCUGCGGCUGAUACAAGGAAGGAGCGUGGCCUACCGAAGCGUUUUUUUCUGAAUUCGUUGCUUUGAUUUGAGGCACUGUGAGUUGGUUAACACACGAGUACAUAUUGGGAAGAAUUCCUGAAUGUUUGCAGAGUGUGGGGUCUUGUCUAGCGGACGUCUCUACAGUCAAAAAAACCUGCUGGAGGAGCAUAAGAACGUGCGGAUAUUUACGUCGGUAGAGCCUUUGAAGUACUGAAAUUGAGGGUAGUAACUGAAGAGCAGCUUAAAUUGGUGAGUGCAGAAGCUCAGAAUUUUAGCUCUUGGCCGCUUUAGACGGAGGUCUCGGUUUUAUGGUUUCUGGUGCGGACAUGACCAGAUACUUGCGCAGUCGGUGAGACGCUUGAAGGUGGUUGUUCUUCCUCCAUUGGGUUGGAUUUAUCAAAAUGUUCGAUUGUUGAGCAAUCAACUGCAAUUGUUCUAUCUUCUUGAAUGUGUCAUCCAUCUAAAGGAUCCCAUACAUUCUUUUGGUGUCUUCAAUUUCAGUGGUCGGUGGAAGCCGAAAGUGCGUCUUAUGCUCAGGGAUCGAAUUUGGCCUGGGCUUACCGAUUUUUUAUAAGCAUCUAGCUUCGUUACAGCAACAUUUGUAUGCAACCAAGGAGAAAAAUCGUCGCAAGGCAUCGCACGUCAUCCCAAAGCGUGCUUAGAUCCUUGAGCAUAUGUACCGUAAAUUAUCCGCUACAGAAGGAGGGCAUCCUAUAGACGAACUCGAAGCGUCUGUGUUUUUGAGGCGCUUACGCUGCUGACCACAGUAGAGCGUUAAAUUUCAUGGAAAGCAUGGAAGGAUGGCUUUAUUUGAUAGGGUCGAACAGAUUGAUGAUGACAAACCCUCGGAAACGCUACGUAGUGCUAUGUGGAAACCAAGCGCGUUUUUACAAAGACAAACCUGCCCACAGAGAAGAGGCACCCAUCAAAAGUGGGACCGUUGAUCCCUACAAGAGAGUAGCUGAUCAUGGGCGAGAAAACAUCCUCGGUCGAACUCUGUUUGUGUUUACAGUGUACGACUCAUACAUCCACGAAGACAAGCUCAAGUUUGGAGCACGGAGUUCGGAAGAGGCAGCAAAAUGGAUGGAAGCGUUCAAAGAAGCUGCUGAGCAGAUCCAUCUGCCGGGAAAGGAUAGGUCAUUUGUUACUGCGGGUGGGAGACGUAGAUAUCCUUUCAGACUCUCUGUUAGAAGAGGAAGUGUUGUCAGAGACCCUUCUGGAGGCUCGGGUACCGUCAAUAACCAUCUCUUUCGAGAGGACUCAACAACUCUUGCAGAUUUACCAGGGUUGAUAGUUUCAUUACUGCCUAAGGAUGCAUCUCCAGAUGUCGUAGCUGAUUCGCCGUGGCAGAUAUUUGGUUGCGAAAAUGGAUUGCGAUUAUUCAAGGAAGCCACUGAUCACCAUGGACUCAAGAGCAUGAUACGUGGAGAGGACCCCCCUGCACUGAUGUCCGUUGGAGUGGUGCACGCCACUUGUGAAUCCGUAUUUGAAACUGUCAUGGCUUUGGGUUCCUCACGGGCUGAGUGGGAUUUCUGCUACUUGAAAGGGAGGGUUAUUGAGCAUAUUGACGGCCAUUCAGACAUUGUCCACAAGCAUUUCCAUAAAUUUUGGCUUUCUUCGCGUAUGAAACCAAGGGACCUGGUUGUGCAUCGGUACUGGCGACGCGAAGAUGAUGGCUCUUAUGUUAUCCUCUACACAUCGGUAAAUCAUGAGAAAUGUCCUCCACGAAGAAAGUUUGUACGAGCUUGGCUCAAAAGUGGGGGCUACGUAAUAUCGCCGCUGCCUACACAGGGGGGUUAUCCAAACCGGUGUAUGGUGAAACAUAUACUCACUGUGGACUGGAAAAAUUGGAAAUCUUGCUGGAGUCCUUGCAGAGACAAGGACAUCACACUGAAAGUUCUAGAAAGAGUUGCAGCUUUGAAGGAGUUUUACAAGAUCAAACCAUCAGACUACAUGCCUAGCUCCAUGGGCCCAAACGUGAGACAACCAGCAAGGUGUAAACUUCCUGUAGCACAGAAGGAAAACAUUCUCCCAAUCCACCUAAAUGAUGAUGCGGCUGCUUUCUUACUUGAAGAGAAGAAUGUGGGGAAAAGUAUGUUCCAGCAGCUAGCAGAGGACGAGUUUUUUGAUGUUCCUGAAGAUUCAGCUUGGGAUUUGGAACUUGAUCGAGAUCUGGAUGGUCAGCAACAGAACACGGACUUGGAGGAAACUUCCGAUGAAGAUAAGAGUGGAGGCAUUCCAAAAAUUUCCGCAGCUGCAACCAUUGUGAAGCGCUUCCACGGAAUAACAGCUCAAAAGCGCACUUACCAGGACACCGACCAAGAUGACAUUGACUUGCUGACAAGAGAAGGAACUCUGCCUAAAAUAUCUAGCUCUGGGACCACGAGCUGUUAUCAAUCAGCGGAAGCAAGCACCUUUUUAAUUCGAGGAAAACACUAUCUACAAGACCGUAAAAAGGUGGUAGCCAAAGAUCCAGUCAUGCAAUUUGUAGCAGCUGAUUGGUUGAAGUCCAAUAAGAGAGAGGAUCACCUUGCCAACCGACCCUCCUAUCCAGUUCAACUUUUUUUAGCCAAUCAGAGAAAGAAAGAGGGCCGAGUGGACGAUGCAUUUUUCUUCAUCAUCAACAUUCAAGUUCCGGGAUCCACGACAUACUCUCUGGCUCUGUACUAUAUGAUCACGCAGCCUCUAUCAGACUUCCCCCUUCUUGAAAACUUCGUACAUGGGGAUGACCGAUAUCGCAAUGCUGGCUUUAAGCUCAUACCGCACAUCGCGAAGGGUUCGUGGAUUGUGAAGCAAAGUGUUGGAAAGACGGCUUGUCUAAUUGGAGAGGCUUUGGAGAUCACGUACCACUCUGGCAAGAAUUACAUUGAGCUGGAUGUGGACAUCGGCUCAUCCUCGGUAGCCAAGGGUGUAGUGAACUUAGUGUUGGGUUACUUGAGCACACUCGUUAUUGAGCUGGCUUUCCUCAUUCAGGCGAACACUGAAGAAGAGCUUCCAGAAUAUCUGCUUGGCACAUGCAGGCUUGUAAACCUGGACAUCGCUAAAGCCAUCCCUGCACGUCCAGAGUGAAGUCAUUAGUGUGAUGCGGCUUACAAGGCAAUGCACAGAUUUUGCAUACAAAAAAGAAAGAAAGAAAGAAAGAUAAGAACAUGUAAAAUUUUGAUCUGAGCACUAAGAUUUAAAUCUUGUUGAAGAGAAUUAGUUGAAACGGAGGUAGACAUAAAAGACUAUCUUUGGGAUUUGUGCAAACAGAGGCUCAAAAAACGUUCCAAGUUUUUUAUAUUUAUUUUGACCAUUUAAUGAAAACAUGAAACGGAUUAGAUGGACAUUAUACACACGAUGCACAUUUAUAUCAAUAUCAAUGUAAUUUGGGAAUAUUAGUCACUUUUAAUUACAUUCAGCCUUCAAUGAAACUGUUUCAAAGUUGAAGCGAAAUACCAACCCCUAUGUAAUUGUAAAAGUGCCGUUGUAAAUAUGAAAGUUUGGUUUUAGAAUGUUGAA